AUGGCUCUUAAAGAUUUACUAAGUAGCCACCCAAAUGCGAUGUCUGUCGCAUUGUUUGGGGCGGGCUUUGCCGUUGCCACCCUUGUACUGAGGUACCGAUCUCGAUCGCCCAGGGGACUGGUUGGGCAGAGUUCAAGCAACACCACAAACUCUGUUAAUGGUAAAGGGGAUCAUAGUCUGGAAACAAAGGUUGCACAGGAAGAGUACAAAAUGGUUCUCGUUGUUCGAACAGAUUUGAAAAUGGGUAAAGGAAAAAUGGCAGCACAGUGUGCCCAUGCAGCCGUUGGAGCAGUCGAAAAACUGGCCUACGUCAAUAUGGCUGCCCUCAGACACUGGCAGAACCUUGGACAGCCUAAAGUCGUACUGAAGGUCGAUGGCUUAGAAGCACUGUUUGACCUUGACAAGGUUGCUAGGUCCAAGAGUAUCACCACAUGUCUCAUCAGCGAUGCUGGCAGGACACAGAUUGCUGCAGGUUCCAAGACAGUGCUGGCCCUGGGACCAGGGCCUGCCAGUGUCAUCGACCAGAUUACCGGACACCUCAAACUGUUGUAA